AUGUCUAUUCCUCUACCUCCAUGGGUACUUGAAGAUAUCGGGAAGAACCCAGAUCUUGUCUACACAGAUAGAUCAGGCAGGAGAAAUCCAGAGUAUAUUUCCUUAGGUUGUGAUAUGUUACCAGAACUCAAAGGAAGGACACCCAUUCAGGUAUACACUGACUAUAUGAGGAGCUUCGGACAAAGAUUCAGCGAUUACUUGGGAGAUGUCAUAGUGGAGAUUCAAGUGGGAUUGGGUCCAUGUGGGGAGCUAAGAUAUCCAUCCUAUCCAGAAAGCAAUGGUACUUGGAGAUUUCCUGGAAUUGGAGAAUUCCAGAACUAUGACAAGUACAUGAGAGCUUCACUGUCAGCAUCUGCCAAGGCGGCGGGAAAGGAUGACUGGGGCCAGGGAGGGCCUCAUGACUCGGGACAUUACAACCGAUUUCCUGAGGAUACUGGAUUUUUCCAAAAUGAUGGAACAUGGAACAGUGAAUAUGGAAAAUUCUUCCUAGAUAGGUAUUCAGGAAAGCUACUGGAGCAUGGCGACAGGAUCCUAGGAGCAGCAGAAAGUAUAUACCAAGGAACUGGGGCUAAACUAUCGGGAAAGGUAGCUGGGAUUCAUUGGCAUUACAAUACUAGAUCACAUGCUGCAGAGUUAACAGCAGGAUACUACAAUACGAGAGACACAAAUGGCUAUCUACCUAUCGCACGUAUGAUUGGGAAACAUCGUGUUGUAUUUAACUUUACAUGUAUGGAAAUGAGGGAUGGUGAACAGCCCCAGAGUGCAAAUUGCUCACCAGAAGGCUUAGUUCGGCAAGUAAAAAAUGCAACUAGAACUUCUGAAGUAGAACUUGCGGGAGAAAAUGCUCUAGAGAGGUAUGAUGGAGCAGCAUAUUCUCAAGUUUUGGCAACAAGCAGGUCAGAUUCUGGAAAUGCAUUGAGCGUAUUUACAUUCCUGAGAAUGAACAAACGGUUGUUUGAGCAAGAAAAUUGGCAGAAUUUAGGGCAGUUCGUGAAAAGCAUGUUAGAAGGAGGCCGAAAUGCUAGACGUCCAGAGUGUGACUCAAGCAGGGCAGACCUCUAUGUAGGAUUUAUCAAAAAGACUCAUUCUAUGAAAGCUAAAGAGAUAGCACUAGUGUAAA